CAGGCCGAGCUCGGGCUUUAGGCGGAUGGCGGCUGCGAGGGGCGGCUGCUGGCCCUGGGGCUCGCUCCUCGGGCUGCUCGGGCUGGUCUCGGCCGCGGCCGCCGCCUGGGACCUGACUUCGCUGAGCUGCAACUUCGGCGCCUUCUGCGAAUGUGACUUCCGGCCCGACUUCCAGGGUCUGGAGUGUGACCUGGCCCAGCACCUGGCAGGCCAGCACUUGGCCAGGGCGCUGGUGGUGAAGGCGCUGAAGGCCUUCGUGCAGGACCCGGCUCCCACCAAGCCGCUGGUCCUCUCCCUGCAUGGCUGGACAGGCACCGGCAAGUCUUAUGUCAGCUCCCUGCUGGCGCACUACCUCUUCCAGGGGGGCCUCCGCAGCCCCCAUGUGCACCACUUUUCCCCUGUCAUCCACUUCCCCCACCCCAGCCACAUAGAGCGCUACAAGAAGGAUCUGAAGAGCUGGGUCCAGGGGAACCUCACUGCCUGCGGCCGCUCCCUCUUCCUCUUCGACGAGAUGGACAAGCUGGCCCCAGGCCUGAUGGAGGUCCUGCGACCUUUCCUGGGCCCUUCCUGGGUUGUGUAUGGGACCAACUAUCGCAAGGCCAUCUUCAUCUUCAUCAGCAACACUGGUGGCGAGCAGAUCAACCAGGUGGCACUGGAGGCGUGGCACAGCCGCCGGGACCGCGAGGAGAUCCGCCUGCAGGAGCUGGAGCCGGUCAUCUCCCGGGCUAUGCUGGACAACCCGCACCAUGGCUUCUGGCGCUCGGGCAUCAUAGAAGAGCAUCUCCUGGACGUGUUGGUGCCCUUCCUGCCGCUCCAGCGGCACCACGUGCGGCACUGCGUGCUCAACGAGCUGGCCCACCUGGGCCUGGAGCCAAGGGAUGAUGUCGUCCAGGCUGUGCUGGACGGCACCACCUUCUUCCCUGAGGACGAGCAGCUCUUUUCCUCCAAUGGCUGCAAGACUGUGGCUUCCCGAAUCGCCUUCUUCCUCUGACUCUCCAGGUGGCAUCCUUGCCCUCCUCCACCUGGCCAGGCUGUGCAGGAAAGGCCUGGGGCUUCUGCCAGAGCGACCCUUGUCCUGAGCCUCUUGGAGAGUGGGACCCAGAACACAGAGUGAGGAGGAUGAGGGCUGUUGGCUAGCCCGUGGGACAGAGGGCCAGGCAGGCCCUGGCCUCUUAACUGGUCUGAGGGCAUCUUGGCCUUUGCUUUCUUCCCCAGGGACACCACUGGUCACCCCAGAACCUCAAUGAGCCUUGACCUUGCCUCCAGCCUGAGCCUUCUUAAAAUGUGAAUUGUAACUCAGGGACUGUGGCUCGUGGCUGCUCCCUCUCUCCUCGGUCUGUUACCCUUGGCCCCUUGCUCUGGCACCACACCCCCAACCCUCCAUCCCACACCUUUUGUCCCAGUAUCCUAAAGCCAGGCUGAAACUUCUCAGUCUCCAUGAACAGAAGGACUCAAGCUGUCACUUGGGCCUGGUUUUUAAAGUUUUUAAUUUUGUAAAAGAAGAAAACAAAUACAAUAAACUUAGCCACGGGACCAGA